AUGGAGGCUAUGUCUAUGCAGGGACUACCAAAUGGUAGCGGGCCUAUAGACGACCCAAGAGAGGAAACGCCAACGCCGGUAGUGCAUCCUGCCGAAGAACUCAAAAUAGUAAUCCUGAAUGAGGAAUAUCCCGAUCGAUGUGUAAAGAUCGGCACCACCCUAGAUCCCGACCUACGAAUGCAAUUCAUUGACUUCUUGCGGCAUCAGGAGGAGGUCUUCGCCUGGUUUUACGAUGAUAUGCCCGACAUAUCACCUGACGUCAUCAGCCACAAGCUUAGCAUCUCCCCCGUCUAUAAACCAGUCAGACAGAAGCGCCGUUCGUAUGAUGCCGAACGGUAUGAGGCUAUACGUAUCGAAGUUGACAAGCUUAAAGCCAUCGGCUUUAUCAGGGAGGCUACGUACCUUAUCUGGCUUGCCAACUUAGUCAUGGUUCGGAAGACCAAGGGGGGAUGA